AACAACAAAAAAAACACAAAUGAGCUCUUAUUUUGUAAACUCAUUUUGCGGUCGCUAUCCAAAUGGCCCGGACUACCCGUUACAUAAUUAUGGAGAUCCCAGUGCCGUGAGCGAGCAAUUCAGGGACUCCGCCAGCAUGCAUUCCGGCAGGUACGGCGGCGGCGGCGGCGGCGGAGGCUACGGCUACAAUGGCAUGGACCUCAGCGUCGGCCGCUCGGCUUCCAGCCACUUUGCGGCAGGGGGCCCCUCGGAGAGGGCUCGCAGCAGCUACCCCGCCAACGCUGCCCCCGAGGCCAGGUACGCCAGCCGGGCGGCGGCGGGGGCUACGGGGGCCACUCACUCGCCUCCGCCUGACCCUCUGCCCUGCGCCGCCGCCGCCGCCGCUGCUGCCGCCGCCGCCGCGGCCACCUCGCCUGUCAGCGGCGACGCUCAUCACGGCGGCAGCGUGAAAAACUCCACGGCCAACUCGAGCAGCACUUCGUCCACUUCCAGCAGCGGCGCCAGCAGCAGCAGCAGCACCAGCGCCAGCAACAUCGCCAGCAGCACGGGCAACAACCCUCACCACCUAGGCAGAGAAGGGCUCAGUACGUCGCCAGGCACAGAGGAGGACGCCCCGGCCAGCAGCGAGCAGGCGAAUCCCCAGCAGAACGACCAAAGCACAGCUCCACAGCCGCCACAGCCCCAGAUCUACCCCUGGAUGAGAAAACUGCACAUAAGCCAUGACAACAUAGGGGGUCCCGAAGGGAAAAGGGCUCGGACUGCUUACACCCGCUACCAGACCCUGGAGCUGGAGAAAGAGUUUCACUUCAAUAGAUACCUGACCCGCAGGAGGAGGAUUGAAAUAGCACACGCUCUUUGCCUCUCAGAGAGACAAAUCAAGAUCUGGUUCCAAAACAGGAGGAUGAAAUGGAAAAAGGAUAACAAGCUGAAGAGUAUGAGCAUGGCAGCCGCGGGAGGAGCCUUCCGCCCUUAAGAGGAAAACCCCCCCGGCCCUGAAGCUGCUGCUGCUGCUGCUCCUUCUCCUUCUUCCUUCCCCGGAAAAAAAACAAAACAAAAAAACCCGAGUAACUGAGCAGUAUUAUAAUUGAGCUGACCCUGCGUGGAAUGUCAGUAGCCUCUUCUCGCUCUCGCCUUCCUUCUGUCCCUCGUUCUGUAUACCAGAUUGACUUGCUCCAACUUCUCUGGGAGGCUGAAGAUCCCUCGCCCAUCGUUUCACCCUGAGCCUGUUUUAAUUGAGCCCCCCACCCCACCCCCCCGCCCGCGUCUCUCUCUUCCUCUCUCUCUCUCUCUAGCGCGUGUUACGAGUAGAUCUGCUUCCCGUGCAUUUUAUGUCUUGAAUGGCUUUUGUCUUGAAGGGGGGAAAACAAUGUAGAUGUUUUAACUUAUUUAUAUGAAGCGAGUGGUGUUACUUGAAGUAACUGUAAAGUGGGAGGGGGGAACCGGGGGGGGGAAGAAACCCUAGACAAACACAAAAGUAAAGGAGGACGAUCUGUUCCCUCGUUCGCUUCCCCCUCAACUCCUUCCUUUCCGGCUCCCACACACCCCACAAGCCCUGUUUGAUUCCCAAUGUUCUCUCUCUCUGUGUGUUGCACUUGCUGUGCUUUGCUGUGCAUGUGUGUUCAAAACGUGUCAGUGUCUGUAUAGCUCCAAGCUGUGGCCGAGAUUUCCGAUCAGAAACGACCUAUCUUAUUCCCUGUGUCCAUUAAUGGCUGUUGUAGAGGUGAAUAUGACGAAAUACAAAACGGAACGUGUCCUAA